CUAACUCAGUCUGGGCCUGGGGGACGAGACCCUCUGCCACCUGUACCCCUGGACCCUGAUCACCAUGACCCAAGCCCAGCAGCUGCGGGCUGAGAGGAAGACUCAUUGACCGCCUGUGUUAUGCAGAUGACACAAUCUUGCUUGCUGAAAGUAAAGAGGCCUUGAAGCACUUACCAAUGAAGAUCAAAGACCACAGCCUUCAGUAUGGAUUACACCUCAACAUAAAGAAAACAAAAAUCCUCACAACUGGACCAAUGAGCAACAUCAUGAUAAACAGAAAAAAUAUUGAAGUUGUCGAAGAUCACAUUUUACUUGAAUCUACAAUCAACACCCACGGAAGCAGCAGUUAAGAAAUCAAAUGAGGUAUUGCAUUGGGCACAUCUGUUGCAAAAGACUUCUUUAAAGUAUUAAAAAGCAAAGAUGUUGCAUUAAGGACUAAGGUGCACCUGACCCCAAGCCAUAGUGGUUUUGAUCACCUCAUAUGCACGUGAAACCUGGACAAUGAAUAAGGAAGACCUAAGAAGAAUUGAUGCCUUUGAAUUACAGUAUUGGGGAAGAAUAUUGAAUAUACCAUGGACUGCCAGAAAAACAAAUAAAUCUGUCUUGGAAGAAGUACAGCUCCUUAGAAGCAAAGAUGAUGGGGAAACUGAGGCUGAGAAAGGCAGGAAUUCAUCCAGGUUCAUACAGCAAGCUGUAGGGAGCCUCAGAACUAGUCUACCAGUGAUGAGAGCAAAAUGGUGGAGCCAUUCUUCUUGGGUUCAAAUCCCGACUUCCUUGGGCAGUGACUUUGAGCAGCUUCCUGAUGACAUCCCCAUCUCAGCCAACAUCGCCGACAUCGAAGAGAAGAGAGGCUUCACCAGCCACUUUGUCUUUGUUAUUGAGGUGAAGACGAAAGGGGGAGCCAAGUACCUCAUCUACCGCCGCUACCGGCAGUUCUAUGCCUUGCAGACCAAGCUGGAGGAGCGGUUCGGGCCAGAGAACAAGACCAGCCCCUUCACCUGCAGCCUCCCCACCCUCCCAGCCAAAGUCUACGUGGGUGUGAAGCAGGAGAUUGCCGAGAUGCGGAUACCUGCCCUGAAUGCUUACAUGAAGAACCUGCUCAGCCUGCCCGUCUGGGUGCUGAUGGACGAGGAUGUCCGGAUCUUCUUUUACCAGUCACCCUACGACUCCGAGCAGGUGCCCCAGGCGCUCCGCCGGCUCCGCCCGCGCACCCGGAAGGUCAAGAGCGUCUCCCCACAAGGCCCCAGCUUUGACGGCAUGGCAGCCCCGCGAGCAGAGGCCCUGUUUGACUUCACUGGGAACAGCAAACUGGAGCUGAAUUUCAAAGCCGGAGACGUGAUUUUCCUCCUCAGUCGGAUCAACAAGGAUUGGCUGGAGGGCACUCUCCGGGGAACCACGGGCAUCUUCCCCCUGUCCUUCGUGAAGAUCCUUAAGGACUUCCCUGAGGAAGACGACCUCACCAACUGGCUCCGUUGCUACUACUACAAAGACACAAUCAGCACCAUCAAGGACAUCGCGGUGGAAGAAGACCUCAGCAGCACUCCACUGUUCAAAGACCUGCUGGAGCUCAUGAGGCGGGAGUUCCAGAGGGAGGAUAUUGCCCUGAAUUACCGGGACACAGAGGGAGAUCUGGUUCGGCUGCUGUCGGACGAGGAUGUGGCGCUCAUGGUGAGGCAGGCCCAAGGCCUCCCCUCCCAGAAGCGCCUCUUCCCCUGGAAGCUGCAUGUCACCCAGAAGGAUGACUACAGGGUCUACAACACUGUCCCCUGAGUGAAGGUGUCCCUGGGACAGCUGGAGAAGAGCCUUCAGCCCUCAGAGGAGAUUAGGACCUCCAGAAAAGGCUGGGAGUGGGGGACAGACGUCCUAGUCCAAAUCUGAUGGCCCCCACUGGGCUUGGCUCUCUCUCUUGCACUUUAUUUUCACACUUAAUCUCUGAAUUCAAUAAACCAUUUCAACUCAAAGGGCAA